GCGCCAAAGAAAGAACACAAACAUCUAUUAGAAACCGCUCAGUGAUCAAUAAUGAGUAUUUUUAAUGAUCAAAAAGGUCAAACAAGCUGUUAAUGUUUGCCUGUAUUUCAGUGACGGGGGAAUAAAAUGAAUUCUAACGGGAAAAUAAAACUGACGACACAAACGGCUGCUCCGUGUUUCUAACCGCCAAACCGCACUCUUGUUUUCUACUGUCGUUAAAUUAGGUUUGAUUGACCCCCUCCAUCAUGAGCUCCAGGGUGUGCAGGACCUGUGGGGGAGCGGAUAUAGAUGUGGAUCAGGCUCGGGGCAGCGCAGUGUGUACCGGUUGUGGUUCGGUUCUGGAGGACAACAUCAUCGUCUCUGAGGUUCAGUUUGUGGAAGGAAGUGGAGGAGUUUCAUCUGCUGUGGGACAGUUUGUCUCUGCUGAUGGUCCAGUUAAAGCUCCUCUUCUUGGUUCUGGUUUCCACACCACUGUUGGUAAAGAGUCCAGAGCCCAGACCCUGCAGAGCGGUAAGCGUCAGAUCCAGCAGCUGGGUAGUCAGCUGCAGCUGAACCAGCACUGUUUAGACACGGCCUUCAACUUCUUCAAGAUGGUUGUCAGUAAACACCUGACCCGCGGACGCAAGACAGAGCACGUCAUCGCAGCGUGUCUCUACCUGGUGUGUCGCACCGAGGGGACGCCACACAUGCUGCUGGACCUGAGUGACCUGCUGCAGGUGAACGUUUACAUCCUGGGAAAGACGUUCCUGCUGUUGGCUCGUGAGCUCUGCAUCAACGCUCCUGCCAUUGACCCCUGUCUCUACAUCCCUCGGUUUGCUCACAUGUUGGAGUUCGGGGCUAAGACUCAUGAGGUUUCCAUGACGGCUCUUCGUCUGGUUCAGCGGAUGAAGAGGGACUGGAUGCACACUGGACGCCGACCGUCCGGCCUCUGUGGAGCAGGUACAACAUUGCUAUUACCACGGCAACAGCAAAAAUCAACAACAGAACAAGAUUGUUUACAUCAGACAAAUAAUAUGUUAUCCCCCACCCUCCCACCCACAGCUCUCCUGGUAGCAGCUCGGAUGCAUAAGUUUCGUCGUACAGUGAAGGAUGUGAUCAGUGUGGUGAAGGUCUGUCAGACCACUCUGAGAAAGAGGUUAACAGAGUUUGAGGACACGCCCACCAGUCAGCUUACCAUCGAUGAGUUCAUGAGAGUAGAUCUGGAGCAGGAAUGUGAUCCACCCUCCUUCACCGCUGCACAGCACAAGGCCAAGAUGCAGCAGCUGGAACAGGAGCUGGCUAGGAAGUUGGACGAGGUUGAAGGAGAGAUCAGCUGCUACAAAGACGAGAUUGAGACCGAGCUGGAGAAAAGCCGACCCAAACUGAGAGGAAUCUAUGCUGCCUACGCCAAAGAAAUCGACCCCGAGGAUGUGGACGGUUUGUCCUCGACCUCUGAACCCGAAGAGCCAGAAGUCGAAGACGCUGAGCUCCAAGCCACCACCCAGCACCUGACCCAGGACUUCCUGUGUCAGGUGAUCCAGGAGGAGGAUGUGCGGGGCAAGAAGACGGAUGACAGCAAGCAAGAGGAGGAGACAGAGAAAGAGGUGGCUGGGCCUCAACGUCUGCUUGCCCCUCUGGCCGUCAUCCUGGGGAAGCUUCCAAGCACCCCUGGCCUGAACCUCCAACAGACCUUCCAGACCUUUAACAAGUCAGAGACAGGCCGGAAACCUGACGAUGAUGAGUCGGAGAGUGGUGAGCUGGACCUGGAUGGCAUUGAUGAUCAGGAGAUUGAUAAAUACAUCCUGAAUGAUAAGGAGGUUCAGGUGAAGACGGAGCUGUGGAUGAAACAGAAUGCAGAGUACCUGAAAGAGCAAAAAGAAAAAGAAGAGAGGAUAAAGAAAGAAAAAGAACAGGGGACGUAUAAAGAGAAGAAGAAGAAGAAGUGUAAGAAGAGGGAGCAGAUUGAGGCAUUGACAGCGGGUGAGGCGAUCGAAAAGAUGUUGGAGAAGAAGAAGAUCUCCAGUAAGAUCAACUAUGACGUCCUCAGAGACCUGAACAGCAGAGGGACUGGGAGUGGGGGGGGCAGCAGUCCCAGCAAAGCCUCCUCCGACCCCCCCAACAGCAACACCGCCACACGGAAACGACUCAGCCGCCACCGCCGCCGUAGGAAGACCAGUGAUGCUAACCAAGAUCUUGCGGCUAAUGCUAGCAUCAUGGGGAAGAGGUUCCGUCGCCUCAUCUCCACAAAAAAGAAGAAAACUGCCUCUCAGGUAGAAAACUCUGUCACCAUGACAACACAAAUAACAACAGAGACUGCAUCUGAACCGACUCCUGACCCUGAACUAGACACAAGCUCCACCCCCACAGCUCCUCCUCCCACUGUGGUGGAGGAGGAAGAGGAGGAGGAAGAGGAGGUGGAGGUGGAAGAGGAGUGUGUCAGCGCUCUACAGCUCGUAGGAGAUUAUGGCUGUGAGGUGGAGGAGGAGGAAGUCUUCUAGCUCCGUCCUGCUGACCUUUAGCCUGUAAACUUUCCGUCCAGUUUCUGAAGAUCUGGAUCUGUUAGACUGAGGCAGCUCGACUGAGACAGAUCAGUGUUAGACAAAUCUGUUACAAAUAUCAGUGAUCAAUUAAACAAGGUAAAUUAUCAUCAAUUAACAAGCAUCACUGCACUUUUAAUUUUGAUGCUUUUUUAUUUUCAUUGAGAUGAAAUAGACGAUUUUGUUUUAAAUCAUUUUGCUCACUUUUGAUUUAGUUUAACCUGUUUACAUUUUUUUCAUUAAUUGAUCACUGAUCAUUUGAAUGAUUUUAUAACAUCCGGCCCCUCGUGUUCAUAUUGUAAAAAAGUACAGUUGUAGCUUUUAGUCAGAUGUUUGUGUAUUUUUAUAUCAAUCUGUAUUAAUGUAAAUAUGAAACGUGUCCGAGUUUUACGUUCCUGUUAAUGAAAUUUUAGAAGAACUAAUUUGAAAUUUAAAAAACUUUACUUUCUACGUCGUUAAAUUGUUGUUGAGAGUUGUUGACGUGGGAAAACAAACCUUAACAGUCUGAAUCAGCUGUAUUCACUGACUAUUUUAAUGUUUUUACUAUUUUUUCUUGUGUUUUUGUUUGACAGGAUUUAUUGUAAAUUGAUGUGUGUACUUAGUACAUUUUAAACUGAACUUUGUGUCUUUCAUUGUUCCAGAUGAGUUGCAAAAACAGACAAAAAAAAUAAUGAUACUGAAGAGAGAAAACAACAUUCCCUCAGAGAA